CUACUGCUGCUGCUGCUGCUGCUGCUGCUGCCCCAUCGGCCCCAAGCUCGCUGUCAGAAUCGGCCAGCGCAACCUCGGAUCUUUCCAUGGCCCUCUCGGAUCCAGAACCUGUCGCUACGCCCACGGCCUUGGCCUGCGAGCCUCAGCGGCAACUGCCCCCGCUGGCCGCCCUGAGCUCGCAGCCAGAGUCGUUGGAUGCCGCAGAGUCGCUGCUCGCUCUGCCAAGGGCCGAUGAAACCCCGACGGAUUUACAUGGCGCCGAUGGCCUCGCGGAGCUCCUCGCCGUCGCCAGCAAGUCGUCGCCCUGUGACGCUCCUGCCCAGGCCGAGAGGAUCAGUCUGCCGGGCGAUAUCGCCAGCCCAUGCGACUCAUACUCGGAUGGCUCAUCGUCGAGUCUGCCAGCCGGCUCGGCCGAUGCUCGGGCUCUGACCUGUCCGAUGGCUCUCCUUCGCGCUCCCGGCACCAAUGCUGCUGCUGCUGCUGCUGAUCCGCUUGUCUCGACAACAUGCUACUACCAGUACAUUGGCAUCUCCCGCUGGAACUUGCCGCGUCGGUACCGCUCCAGCGACGAAGAGUCGGUGCCAGCGUCGAUCUACUAUGCCCAGCUGGGCGACCGGAGGAAUCUGUCGGACGACCUGGCCUCUCUGGCCAACGGAAAUAGCAUCCGCCUUCGAUCGUCUGCAUCGCUGUCGCCCCGCAAGACACCCUACAGCCGCCCCGUCGGCAUCAGCGUCGGCAGCAAUGGCAGUGUCGGCAGCAGCAGCGGCGGCGCUAGCGCAGGAGCUGGAGGCUCGCCCUCGAGAAGUACCACUGCUCGGUCGGCAUCGCCUUCCUCGACAGGAUCAUCGCGAUCACCCUCGUCGUCGCAAGCAGGAAGCAUCGCAGCGACAAAGUCUGUGCGCUCGUCCCGCUCCAAGAUACGGGGUCAGCGUUAAGCGUAGGUAAUAUACAUACAUACAUACACAUAUAUUCAUAGCGACG